AACUCCUCUGGCACCACUGACUCCAGCGCCUGGUCUUCCUUCACCCUCAGAAUUCGACUCACCUCUGGCUUCCCUCUCCCAGUAGCUGUGGCCCGGAGCCCCCAAAGGACCCCAAGGAAACACCGGACAGGACGGCAGGCGAGGAGCUCAGGAUCACCAGUCUCGCCCAGCCUUUCGCUCUCCCUUUCCCACUCCCAACGGGGAGCUUGGCAGUGCGACUGAGAUGCCAGAUGCCGCGGCACACCUGCCCUUCUUCUAUGGCAGCAUCUCCCGGGCAGAGGCCGAGGAGUACCUGAAGCUGGCGGGCAUGGCAGACGGGCUCUUCCUGCUGCGCCAGUGCCUGCGAAGCCUGGGCGGCUACGUGCUGUCCCUGGUGCAUGACCUGCGCUUCCACCAUUACCCCAUCGAGCGCCAGCUCAACGGAACCUACGCCAUUGCGGGCGGAAAGGCACACUGUGGCCCCGCCGAGCUCUGUGAGUUCUACUCCCGGGACGCCGAUGGGCUCUGCUGCACCCUGCGCAAGCCCUGCAACAGGCCCAGUGGCCUGGAACCCCAGGCUGGCGUCUUCGACAGCCUUCGCGAGACCAUGGUGCGCGACUACGUCCGGCAGACCUGGAAGCUUGAGGGGGAAGCGCUGGAGCAAGCCAUCAUCAGCCAAGCUCCCCAGGUGGAGAAGUUGAUUGCCACCACAGCCCAUGAACGGAUGCCUUGGUACCAUAAUGCCAUUUCUCGGGACGAGGCCGAGCGCAUGCUCUUCAGUGGCUCCCAGCCGGAUGGCAAGUUCCUGCUGCGGCCCAGAAAGGAGCAGGGCACCUAUGCCCUGUCUCUCAUUUAUGGGAAGACGGUGUAUCACUACCUCAUCACCCAGGACAAGGCUGGUAAAUACUGCAUCCCCGAGGGCACCAAGUUUGACACACUAUGGCAGCUGGUGGAGUACCUGAAGCUCAAGGCUGAUGGGCUCAUCUACUGCCUGAAGGAGAGCUGUCCCAAUGCCAGUGUGCCCACGGGGACUGCAGCCCCCACCCUCCCAGCCCAUCCCUCCAUGCCGAGACGGAUUGACACUCUCAACUCAGAUGGCUACACCCCGGAGCCAGGUGAGGCUGGGGAGAAGUCUCGGAUCCUGCCCAUGGACACCAGUGUGUACGAGAGCCCCUACAGCGACCCCGAGGAGCUCAAGGACAAGAAGCUUUUCCUGAAGCGGGAGAAUCUGAUGAUGGAUGAGGUGGAGCUGGGCUCUGGCAACUUUGGCUGUGUCCGCAAGGGCGUCUACAAGAUGAGGAAGAAGCAAAUCGAUGUGGCCAUCAAGGUGCUGAAGAGUGGGAAUGAGAAGGCAGAGAAGGAGGAGAUGAUGAAAGAGGCCCAGAUCAUGCACCAGCUGGACAACCCCUACAUUGUGCGCAUCAUCGGCGUGUGCCGGGCCGAGGCCCUGAUGCUGGUCAUGGAGAUGGCCCUGGGGGGCCCCCUGCACAAAUUCCUCAGCAGCAAGAAAGAGGAGAUCCCAGUGAGCAAUGUGGUGGAGCUGAUGCACCAAGUGUCCAUGGGCAUGAAGUAUCUGGAGGAGAAGAACUUUGUGCACCGGGACCUAGCAGCCCGCAAUGUGCUAUUGGUCAACCAGCAUUACGCCAAGAUCAGUGACUUUGGCCUCUCCAAGGCCCUGGGGGCUGAUGACAGCUACUAUACCGCCCGCUCAGCAGGGAAGUGGCCCCUCAAGUGGUACGCGCCAGAGUGCAUCAACUUCCGCAAGUUCUCCAGCCGCAGUGAUGUGUGGAGCUAUGGGAUCACCAUGUGGGAGGCCUUCACCUAUGGCCAGAAACCCUACAAGAAGAUGAAGGGCCCAGAGGUGAUCAGUUUUGUCGAGCAGGGCAAGCGUCUGGAACGCCCGACUGAUUGCCCCCCUGAGAUGUACACUCUCAUGAAUGAUUGCUGGAUCUACAAGUGGGAGGACCGUCCAGACUUCUCAAUGGUGGAGACCCGUAUCCGCACUUAUUACUACAGCAUUGCCAGCAAGGCCGAUCUAGCCACCUCUCCAGUCCAGGGGGCAGAAGCUGCAUGUGCUUGACCUCUGCCACGAGUCUCUCCCUGGCCCCUCUGCCCUGACCCUUCCAGAGAAGUUCUUCCACCUUUCUCCUUCCCCAUGUUCCGGCCUCUUUCAGACACACCUCAGCCCCUACCCAAAAUACGCCCAGUGCUCCCCUCCUGGCAGGAAGCCUUGCAGAACACCUCCCCUCUUGCCCCCAUCCCCGGUCCCUUCCAGCUUCUCCUUCGCAGCCUGAGUUAUGCCAGCUCUGCCUCCCUGUUCUGUUCUCUUCAAGCCCACGGCCUGGCUGUGUGAGGAAUUUAGGAUGGGGAGAAAGAGUGGAGAAGCAGGGGAAUGAGGGGGCACCCCGCUCCCCAAGUGUCCAGAGGGUGGUCCCCAGGGCCUGCUGAGAUCUUGGGGCAGAAUGGACCAAAACUGCACCUUGUCCUUGGCUAAAUCACCAGUGCCAGGCUGUAUCUCAAAACCUUAGCAUCAGAGCUCCUUUGCCAUUCUGGGAUGCCAUAGGAGGGAGCACGUGGCUGGCCGCCGUUACCUGGACCACAAGACGAGCCUCCCCCAUCCCAUGGCUCCCACUCCUACAAGAUUGGCCUCAGAGCCAGGAUGAGGCUGGGUCAGGUGGAAUCACCUCUCAGAGCCACGUGGCUGGCUCAGUUCCUCUCAGGGGUUUCCCCUCCAUCCGCUACUGCCGCCGCCCAAACUGCUUGGACUCCAUCCCGGCCAGACGCCAAGGGGCCCCAGGAAAGGUAGGCAGUAAAGACAGCCAGGCAGGCCUGGAGGCAGGGAGCCUCUGGCCCCACUUAUAACUCCUCCGCACAGUCCAAGGGCUCCCAGCCUGCACUUCAGUUCUGCUGCAACAACUCUGAAGCUGACAACCGUUAGGCUAGCCAUUGAGAUAGCAUGAGCCAAAAUAAAUGGAAUCAUCUUGA